CUAUUGCAUUCCAGUGAGAAUAAGACCAGCCUAUUCAAUUUCCUUGCAACUACAGCCUUCCAUUCCAGUCAACAGCCUGGUGAGUCCCGUCUCCUAUCUUUCCAGUGCUGCCACAUCCUUGCUCCAAUAUGGCGGCAGAACUGUAGCAGAUCUAAUGCCGAUACACGCUCCGUGUGCCCAUUUAACCAAUUCGUCUUAUGCAUGCCCACAGAGCAAUUUCUUCACGUCCAUCGCGGGAAAAAAAAAUAAAGCGAGAAACAAACAUCUUCUCAUUCCAGCCCUCUUGUUUCAAAAUAGGCGUUUACAAUACCACCAAGCGAUAACUGAUGAAACUUCGAGUGUUGGGGUUCAUUAGAAACAGUGGCUCCCAACCUUUUUUGUGCCAUGGAUUAGAAACAGGGGCUCCCAACCUUUUUUGUGCCAUGGAUUCUGACCAUUAACCGAGGUUGGGAACUCCUGAUCAGAAAGAUGAUUUUAAAUUGCCGCCUUCCUACUGCCUUGGUGUAAGGGAACUCGAGGACGAAACGCAAAACCAGGUGCAUUAUCUCCGAUUUGUGCGACGUGACAUUUCGUGCUUUACGGCAAAGACACAAACAUACUAUAAUUUACAAAAUAAAUAUCGCAGAAGUGAGGGAAUUAUAAGGUAGUCUUUACAGGCGGUUCGAAAUCUGUUACAGGGUGGGUAAGAAGCUCUUUUCUUCCGCAUGAAAGGAAGGGAAAUUAUCAGAUUGGGACAAGGGGGAGGUGGGGAGAUCUGGCCGUGGGGCGGGAGGGUGUGUGAUUAGGUGGCCAUAGCUUAUCAAUUUACUUUUUUUUAAAAAAACUGAGCAUCCUACAUUGCCUUUUAGAAAUAUGGGACAGCCCGAGCUUCCCCGAAAGUCACCGGCUCCAUUCGGGAAGGAGGCCAGGAACUGCUAUGUAUCUGUUUAUUCGCGCACACAUUUCCCCAGGGACGGCUCCGACUUUCUGACCUAGCAACACGAUAGUUUAGUGCGUUUCCGCUCUGGGGUGCGCUGUGCACCUCGCCCUUAGUGCAGUCGGCGCUUUGGAGCUCGGUUCCAUCUGCAAAAUUGUUGUGCGGGGGAAUAGCGUUAACAGCCACGCUCUCGCUGUCGAUCAGUUUUGAUUUCCCAACAGACACUUGUCCUUCACCCUCAAUCCUGCUCCCGUCGUUAUUGACAUCUUUCAGUGCCAAAUCACACCUAGUAUCACUGGCUUUACUUUCCUUGCUGACUUGACACAACGCAUAUGAUCAGAAUUUUCUGGAGCUUGUUCGGAUUUAGCGAUGAAUCCAACUAGAUUUUUUUCCCCAAUAACAACUUUUCUCGAUUUAGGCGCUCGCUACACAAACCUUGAAGAAACAAGUGUUGCAAUGGGUUAUGGGGUUGUUUACGGUGCAACUACGGGCAUUUGGGGCCGCAGGGAACCUCUCUUUGCAUACAAUAUCAACACUAAGUUAUGAGAUGGUUAACCUUUUGUUUAGUUCUUAUGUACUUUUUUUCCCCCAGUUAGGCACCGUGCCAACUCCUGGUGACGCGACGUUUAGAAGUUCGUCCGAUCGCAAUGCUUUCUGAACUUUCCCAGUCUUCGGCAGAUCAGAGGCAGCGCGGAACCAAAUAAAGUGAUUGAAACGCGCUCGAUCGCCCGGCCACACUUCCAGCGGGAAUAAUAUGAGAAAGGAGACAACGACGUGUACAGGGAUUCGGGAGUCGCAGUCGUCAUGCGCGUAUUCAAAGCCAUCAGUGUACAGUCCCUUCUGCCAGUGUUCUGGAUCUUCCAGACCAGGGUCCUGAGUGCAGGGGCUGAGCACGCUAUAGAGGACGCAGUGGGAGAUCUACUCUUCGUGAUGGACAGCUCUGGAAGUAUCUUACCCUACGAAUUCGCAGGAAUGAAAGAGUUUGUUGCCGACUUGCUGAAGCCUUUCACCGUAGGCCCGAAGGACGUACAGAUCGGCUUUGUGCAAGUGAGUGACGACCCUGUGGUGGAGUUUCCGUUUGACAAGUACACGUCCAUCGCUGCCGCGCAGUGGGCCAUUCUGAACAUGAAGCAAAAGCUGGGAGACACCAACACUGGCAAGGCAUUAACUCAUGCCAAGGACGCCAUGUUCAUGCAGAAGGGAGGAGCCCGACCAGGUGUUCCAAAGGUGCUGGUGUGGCUGACCGAUGGCGCGUCAUCGGACGACAUAUCUCAGCCCUUCCAGUUCCUGAAGGAUCUUGGGGUGACGGUGUUCAUCGUCAGUAUAGGCAGGGGCAAUUACAUUGAGUUGAAAGCUGCGGCUAGUGAACCAUCAGAGAGACACUUAUACUAUGUAGAUCCUGAGGAUAUGCACGUUAUUAUGGAGGAGCUGCGUAACGAAAUUCUAGACAUUAUCCAGGUUAAGAAGCUACGAGCUUUGGACAUCACAGCAACCAGCUUCCGCUUGUUGUGGCCCAGGCUGCUUAGUGACAGCGCAGACUAUUAUUUGAUUGAAUACGGUCCACUCGUGGAUUCCCAGAAGAAGUCAUGGAAGACUGUCACUGGAGAUGAAACGAGUGUUGUUUUGAGGCAGCUGCUCCCAAAGACCAGUUAUGAAGUGAAACUUACUCCGAUAAGUGACAACUAUAAUAAGUUCCUUGAGACAAUUGUAACUACAUUGGAAGAGACUCCAGAGGAGCUGAGUCCACAGGUCAUUGUAAUUUCAGACUCACAGCCAAGAAGUUUUCAAGUCAGCUGGGCCCCAACUCCACCCAGCGUUGCUUCGUACGAAGUUCUGUAUGGGAUCCUGCCAGGGGGCAAAACCAAUUUACUCAGCGUCAGUGGCGACCAGAACGCCACCAUUGUGAACAACUUGGAACCCAACACCACCUACUUGGUGACCGUGUCAGCGAUGUACCAAUCCGGCAGAACCGAAGCGUUAUCAGUGAAAGCUUGCACUCAAGACGUGAGCUCUGAAGCUGGCAAACUGAAACUUAUUAAUAUCAGUCCCACUGGUGUGGCCGCCCUGUGGGAUCCUGCAAUGGACAAGGUGCUGCACUACAAGGUACGGUGUACUCGUCGUCGAAGAAGCCCUUCCGUAAGGACUCUUCCACCACAAGCUCGGGGAGUGCUAUUAACAGAUCUCGUUCCGGGGACAGAAACCCGGAUUUGUGUGAAGGCAGUGUACAGAAAUGGUGUGGGGAGACCCUUGUGCAGGACGAUACGCACACCUCAGCAACAAGAUAUUUUAUCGCCUGAGAAACAGUCUACCAAAUCAUUCUGUACCCAGAAGCACCAGUGCUGGCAAGAGAGAUGAAUGAUUCCUAAGGAUAAUGGAAAGCUGUGAAACAACAGGAGGAUUUAUGACAAAAAAAAAGAAUAUCAACCACAAGCCGACAUUUCUAAAAGAUUUCAAUGCAGUUUGCUUGUAGAGUUCAUUGAGAAACAGUUGGUGUAAAUUCCUGUUGUACUGUGAUUGCAGGCUCCUGACAAAGCAGAAUCUUCCUCAUUAAGUGUGAAGAGUACUUAAUGUACAGAGUUUGUGAGA